GUGUUGUUACUUGUGUAACUUUUUCCCUAUUCUCUCUUUUCUUUAUUCCCCUGUUUGAAGGCUCCCCCUGUUCCCAGCCAAGUGGGGUUCUCAGGAGGCUCCAGAUUUACAAGCACUGCAUCCCACUGGUGGAGUCGGGGGACCUGCCUUUGGGCAAGGUGUCUGAAAUCACUGGACUGCUGAUGCUCGAGGCUCACCAGCUGCCAGGCCAUGCCUUGGCUGAGCUCGCCACCCUGUUUGUGGGGGUUAUCAAAGGUGGCAGCCUGUCCAAUGGGAAAUCCUUGGAGUUGUUUUCCACUGUCCUCACUGCCCUGGCCAGCUCAAAGGAGGGCCUGGCUUAUGGGAAAGGUGAACUGAGUGGGGAAGAGUUUAAGAAGCAGCUGAUAAAUACCCUCUGCUCCAGCAAGUGGGAUCCUCAGAGUGUAAUACACCUUGCCAACAUGUUCAGGGAUAUUCCACUGUCGAGAGAGGAGCUGCAGUUUGUGGUGGAAAAGGUCCUUAGGAUGUUCUCCAAAUUAGACCUGCAGGAAAUCCCCCCUCUGGUCUAUCAGCUGCUGCUGCUUUCUGCAAAGGGCAGUAAGAAGACUGUUUUAGAAGGAAUCAUCAGUUUUUUCAAUCAGUUGGAUAAGAGACAAAAGGAAGAACACGAGGUUCCACAAUCAGUGGACCUUGAGGUAGCCACAAUGCCCCUAGACCAGCUCCGCCACGUGGAAGGCACCGUCAUCCUCCACAUUGUUUCUGCUAUCAGCCUGGAUCAGGACCUGGGCAAGGAACUCAUCAGGCACGUAAAGACUGAGCAACAGAAGGACCCUGGCAGAGCCCUGUGUCCCUUCAGCGUGGCUCUUCUCCUGUCGGUUGCUGUAAAACACCAACUGCAAGAGCAGAUAUUUGAUUUCUUGAAAACAUCAAUCACCAGAAGCUGCAAGGACCUGCAGUUCCUUCAGGCCUCCAAGUUUCUGCAGGAUUUGUUCCCUCAACAAUAUGAUGUAACUGCUGUAAUUCUGGAAGUGGUGAAAAAUAGUGUGUUUGGCUGGGACCACGUUACUCAGGGCCUGGUCGAUCUUGGCUUCAGCCUCAUGGAAUCAUAUGAACCAAAAAAGUCCUUUGGAGGAAAAACUGCUGAUGGCCUUUCAAAGAUGCCAGCCCAGCAGACUUGCAGACUGGGAGCAAGUAUCCUGCUGGAAACCUUUAAGGUUCAUGAGCCCAUCAGAAGUGAUAUUCUUGAGCAGGUCCUGAACAGAGUCCUCACAAAAGCAGCAUCUCCUGUCAGCCACUUCAUAGACUUGCUGUCCAAUAUUGUUGUGUCUGCUCCUCUUGUGCUUCAGACUUCAUCCUCCAAAGUCACAGAGACCUUUGACAAUUUGUCCUUUCUGCCCAUCGACACAGUGCAAGGGCUCCUGCGGGCAGUACAGCCUCUGCUCAAAGUCAGCAUGUCAGUGAGGGACUCCCUGAUACUUGUUCUCCAAAAAGCUAUCUUCUCCAGGCAGCUCGAUGCUCGUAAAGCUGCAGUUGCUGGCUUUUUGCUUCUGUUGAGAAAUUUUAAGAUUCUGGGCAGCUUGUCCUCUUCCCAGUGCAGCCAGGCCAUUGGUGCCACUCAGGUCCAGGCAGAUGUUCAUGCCUGCUAUAAUUCUGCAGCUAAUGAGGCCUUCUGCCUUGAAAUCCUGGGCAGCCUGAGGCGGUGCUUGCGCCAGCAAGCGGACGUUCGGCUCAUGUUGUACGAGGGGUUUUAUGAUGUCCUUCGCAGGAACUCCCAGUUGGCCAGCUCCAUCAUGGAAACACUCUUGUCCCAGAUAAAGCAAUAUUACUUGCCCCAGCAAGACCUCCUGCCUCCACUAAAACUUGAGGGAUGUAUUAUGGCUCAAGGAGAUCAAAUCUUUCUGCAGGAACCACUGGCCCAUCUGCUCUGCUGCAUCCAGCACUGUCUCGCCUGGUAUAAGAGCACUGCGCGUCCGUGCCAAAGAGCUGAAGAAGAGGAGGAGGAGGAGGAGGAGGAGGAGGAGGGAUUCGAGCAAAACUUUGAAGACAUUCUAGAAUCUGUCACACGACGAAUGAUCAAGAGCGAGUUGGAAGAUUUUGAAUUGGAUAAAUCAGCAGAUUUUUCUCUGUCUUCUGGUGUUGGUGUAAAGAAUAACAUCUAUGCCAUUCAGGUGAUGGGAGUCUGUGAGGUCCUGAUGGAGUACAAUUUCAACAUAGGGCAUUUCAGUAAGAACAAGUUUGAGGAUGUCCUAGGCCUGUUUACCUGUUACAACAAACUCUCGGAAAUCCUGAAGGAGAAGGCUGGAAAGAAUAAAUCUGCCUUGGGCAACAAAACUGCACGGAGCUUCCUGUCCAUGGGUUUUGUAUCUACUCUGCUCACAGCUCUGUUCAGGGACGACGCCCAAAGCCACGAGGAGAGCCUGGGGGUGCUGCGCUCCAGCGCGGAGUUCCUGCGCUACGCCGUGGGCGUGGCUCUGCAGAAGGUGCAGCAGCUGGAGGAGACGGGGCAGACCCACGGCCCCGACGGGCAGAACCCUGACAAGAUGUUUCAGAGCCUCUGCAAGAUCACGCGGGUUCUGCUGUGGAGGUACACUUCAAUUCCCACUGCUGUUGAAGAGUCGGGGAAGAAGAAGGGCAAGAGCAUUUCACUCCUGUGCCUGGAAGGUUUGCUGAGGAUCUUCAACACUGUGCAGCAGCUGUACUCUGCCAGGAUCCCCCAGUUCCUGCAGGCCCUGGAUAUUACUGAUGGUGACGCAGGAGAGACGGAUAUUAAUGUCACAGAGAAAGCUGCCUUCCAGAUCCGACAGUUUCAGAGGUCCCUGGUGAACCAGUUCAGCAGUGCUGAAGAUGACUUCAACUCCAAGGAGACGCAGUCACUCAUCACAAUUCUCUCCACUUUGUCCAGACUCCUGGAUCCGGCCUCUCAGCAGUUCCUUCAAUUCCUGACUUGGACGGUCAAAGUUUGCAAAGAAAAUGCUCUGGAGGAUGUGGCUUGCUGCAAGGGUUUGCUGUCCCUGCUCUUCAGUCUCCACGUUCAGUACAAGAGUCCUGUCGGUCUGCUGCGGGAACUGGCACAAGACAUCCACGCUUGCCUGGGAGACAUCGAUCAGGACAUAGAAUUGGAGAGUCGGUCCCAUUUUGCCAUCGUGAAUGCCAAGACUGCAGCCCCUACUGUCUGUCUGCUGGUUCUGGGUCAGGUGGAUAAGGUCCUUGAAGAGGUGGAUUGGCUUAUCAAGAAACUCACCAGUCUGGGAUCAGACACAUCAGAAGAAUCUUCUCAGGCAUCAAACCAAACCCAAGCUCUGGAGAAAGGUAUAAUCCUGCAGCUGGGAACUCUACUGACAGUUUAUCAUGAGCUGGUACAGACAGCACUCCCUGCAGGGAGCUGUGUGGACACGCUGCUGAGGAGCCUCAGCAAGACAUAUGCAAUUCUCACCUCCCUCAUCAAACAUUACGUCCAAGCUUGCCGCAGCACCUCCUGCACGGUCCCAGGGAGGCUGGAAAAGCUGGUGAAGCUCUCGGGUUCCCAUUUGACCCCCCAGUGUUACUCCUUCAUUACUUAUGUACAGAACAUCCACAGUGAGAGCUUAAGCUUUGCAGAAGAGAAGAAAAAGAAGAAGAAAGAGGAUGAAGCUGCUGCAGUCUCCACAGUCAUGGCCAAGGUGCUGCGGGACACCAAGCCCAUCCCAAACCUCAUUUUUGCAAUAGAGCAAUAUGAGAAGUUCCUUAUCCAUCUCUCCAAGAAAUCAAAGGUGAACUUGAUGCAAUACAUGAAGCUCAGCACCUCCCGGGACUUCCGCAUCAACGCCUCCGUGCUCGACAGCGCCUUGCAGGAGCACAACACAGAGGGUGCUGAGAACGAGCCAGACAACGACCAGAGCAACACAGCAGAGCAGACUGAUGAGAACCAGGAACCCAAAAAGAAGAGACAGCGAAAAAAAUAA